AUGAAGGCUUUGCUACUAGUCCUGGGCACCAACGUAGAGGUGCAGGUCAUGUCCAGGUGUCGUACACAGGCUCCGCUCCACCAAAGUGGCCAGGCAGACGGCGGCAUUCUGGGAAUGGACACUGUGGGCAAAGAGGUUCAGCUGUUGACCAGCAAUGAAGAGGGUGUGAUGGGGGUCCUGAGGAUGAUCGAGGCUGAGAAGCGUGAGAGCUCUAUGUCAUUGUAUGAAGAAGGAGAAGAGAGUGACAGACACAAGAUGGCAGGUGCAACUCACUGCUUUCUUAUUCACCUUCUUUAUCAACUCACCAUCUCACUGCCACCUCCGUACGAUGAAAGAAAAGAUAAAGUUAGAACUGUCAGAUCUGCAGAGUUUGACUCUGCAGACUUUUAUAUGAUGUCCUCAGCAGAGGCAGAGGCAGAGAUGGAGACAGAGACAGAAGAGAAGAAGAUAGCAGCAGCAGAAGAAAUGACAGUUCAAUUCAGCAGCAGAGCUCUGAAUCUGAAUAGAGUUCUGAGAAAUUGCCUGUAUGAAGAAGGUGAUUUGAUCAUCAAUCAGAUCAGCAAGCUGCUGAGUCAUCUUCUGCUGCAGCUGCAGAUUCUCAUGACCUCAUUUAUCAAUGAACUGAAUCAACUCCUGCUGUAUCACUCACUGAAUCUGAAGCUUCUGAGGCUUCACCACUGUCUCAAGGGUCUGAAUAAUCUGAAGAGCAUACUUCUGAUAGUCCUUCUGUACAAAGAGUGGAUCUGA